AUGCCGCCGCGUGCUGGCCGGGUCCGCUUCGCGCGCUCGCGAGCGCGCCCCUCGUCCGAGGCGUCGUCGGCGGCGUCGGCGUCGGGCCGUCCCCCGAACGCCGCGCAGCACCUGCUGCCGUCGACGGCGUCGAGUCGGCUCAGCGAUCUCGACGAGCCUGCCGGCAGUGAUCAUGGCGCCAGUGAGCUGCUGGAGGAGGACGACGACGACGACAAAGGCCUGCUGCUGGCCAUGUAUGCGGCGCACGGCCGCAUCGGCGCCGCCUUCUACGAUGCGCCGCAGCGCAAGCUGCUCCUGCUCGAGGACGCGCCCGAGCUCGGCCUGGCGCCGUCACAUGUGCCUCGCGAGCCCGGCGCCGACGAGUCGGCCGGCGGCAGCACGGCGUCGACGGCCGACGAUGCGCGCGCCAAGGAGGUGGCCGAGAUGUUGAUCGAGCAGCUGAAGCCUGACUGCGUCUUUGUGCCGUCCAAGACGUCGCCCGCCUCGCUCGACGCCAUCACGGCGGCAUUGCGCGGCGCCGGCGGCAAGCUCGAGGUGCGCCCGGGCAACGAGUGGGGCUACCUCGCAGGCAAAGGGCGCAUACAUGCGCUGCACCUGCCGGCCUCCAACGCAGAGGAGGCCGAUGCGAUGCAUGCGCCUGGAGGCGCCGACACUGAGCUGCGCGACGCCCUGCGAGUCGGCUCGCUCGUGAGCCUCGAGACCAUGAAGCUUUCAACUGGCGCUGCGAACUCCCUGCUGCUGCAUCUCACGCGCGCCUCUGGCCUGGGCGACGCUGCGCUGCCCAUCACAAGCGUCGAGAUGCUGAGCCUGGACGAAUGCGUGUCGGUGGAUGCAGACUCGCGCCUCGGCCUCGGCGUCUUCUACGAGGAGGCACACGCGACGCUGCACAGCUCGAGGGGCAAGGAAGGCCUGAGUAUCUACACCCUGCUCAAUCAGACAGUGACGCUGAUGGGCCGCCACAUGCUCCGUCGCUGGCUGCUCCUUCCCUCCCGCUCCCUUCCUCUCCUCAACGCGCGCCUUGACGCUGUGGAGUGUCUCUCUGCGCCCAUCAACUCGAACACCACAGCGGCGCUUCGCACCUGCCUCGGAGGCGUCCCGAUCGUGCCCAAGCUGGUCCUGCGCGUGCGAAAGGGCGAUGCCGACACUGGCGUGCUCAAGCGCAUUGUCACGUUCUGCCAGGCCGCCCGCAACGUCCGCGGCGACGUGCGUACCCUCGAAGGCGCCGAGAGCGUGCCUCUGUUGCGCAAGAUCCAGGACUCAUUUAGUGCACGAGCCUUCGUGAAGCUCAGCGACGGUGUGCUGGACGUGAUCAACUGGGACGAAAGCGAGGAGCAGCGACGCACGUGCGUCCAGCCGGGCAUCGACAGCGAGCUCGACGACUGGAAGCGCGCGUACGCGGCACUGCCCACCACGCUGUCGCAGAUCGCCUCGACGCUGGCCGCAAAGCUGGAGCUCGACGUGGCCAUCUCCAUCGUGUACUUCCCUCAGCUGGGCUACCUGCAUGCGGUGCCGCUCGUGGAGGGAGAAGACGCCGAAUUGGCUGGCGAGCGCUACGGAUGGCAGUUUCAGUUUGCCAGCGAGGUGGCGGGCUACUGGCGCAGCGACGAGAGUCGGCACCUGGACCACCACUUUGGCGAUCUGCAUUCGCUGAUCGCAGAGCGCGAGAUCGAGAUUGUGCAUCGUCUGCAGGAGGAGAUCAGCGAGUAUGCGCCGUUUCUCGUCCAGUGCCACACGCUGUGCACGGAGCUCGACUGCCUCCUCUCUUUUGCGGCUACGGCCAAGCAGUACGACUACGUGCGGCCCGAGCUUGAUCUCUCGCCUCACCUGAUGACCCGCGACGGGCGUCACCCGCUGCAGGAGUUCUGUGUCGACCAGUUCGUGCCGAAUGACACGCUGCUCAUCGCCGGGCGUGGCAUUGGAUCGACCGCCGAGCCAGCGGCUGAGGGCGUAGGCGCAAGCCUGGCAAUCGUGACCGGGGCCAACGCCGGAGGCAAGUCCGUCUACCUGAAGCAAGUCGCGCUCAUUGUCUUCCUGGCGCAAGUAGGAUCCUUUGUGCCUGCGGCUUCGGCUCGCAUCGGUCUUGUCGACAAGAUCCUCACGCGGGUGCAGGCUGCCGAGUCGGUCGGCCGGCUGCAGAGCAGCUUCACCCUCGACAUGGGCCAAGUCAGCCGCGCGCUGCGCAGCGCCACGCCGCGCUCGCUCAUCCUGCUGGACGAGAUGGGCAAAGGCACUCUGGCCUCUGACGGUGCGGCGCUCUUUGCGGCCACCUGCCUGGACCUGCUGGAGCGCGGCGACAGCUGUCCACGCACUCUCGCCGCCACGCACUUCCAUGACGUCUUCCACCACCGCUUCCUGCCCGCGUCUCUGCCGUACGCCACCGCGCACAUGGCCCUGAUCAUCGACGACACGGCCAGCGGCCUCGACCAGCUCACGUACCUGUACAAGGUGACGCCUGGCCUUGCUCUGCAGUCCCAUGCGAGCAUCUGCGCCCGUGCCGCCGGCUUGCCGGCCCACGUCAUUGAGCGCGCCAACUACGUGACGCAGCUGGCAGCGAAGCACGACCUGGCGCGCCUGGCGCUCGAGGACGCGCAGUCUUCCGACGAGGAAGAAGAGGGCGCAGCGCGUUCUGCGCGCCCGUCGCGCACCAGCAGCCGCAGCGUGCGCAAGGCCGAGGCCGUCGCGCGCCGCUUCGUCGAGUGGGACCUCGAGACGGAGAGUGCCGGCGGCGACGGCGGGGCAUCGCGCGAGACUACGCUAGCCAAGCUGCGCCAGGUCCUUGGCGGCAGCGACGACGACGACAUCUGA